AUGUUACGAAACACUAACAUUAUAUUGAUGAUGAGUUGUGUAAUGAUACUGAUGAUGAUCAUUCACUCAACUCUAUCAACACUCACUCCAACAAGUAAAUUCAUGAUAUGGCCAGAUCCAAUCACAACAGAAUCAAAAGUAUUAUUAUGGGAGAAUGGAACUGUUGUAACUAGAACAUUGUCUCUAUAUGAUGUUGGUAAAUCUGCAUGGAAUGAUGUUAAUGCUGUUACUUCAAGUAUUAGAGAUACUAUUGCAAGUGGUCAAGUUGUAUUUGUAGAUUCAUAUCAUUUUGGUGAUACAGGUUGGAGAAAUUUAUCAGAAUGUCCAACAGUUAUUGCCUUUGAUCAACAAGUAGCUAAAGCUAUUGGAUCUAAUUUUGCCAUAAUUAAUAUUGAAUCAGAGUGGGAUGUUGGAGUUGUUUUAUCACUCUUUCAAACCAAUGAAGGAAUUCAAUGUUUUCAAAAUAGAAUUCUACAAUAUAAUACCUAUGCACCAAAUGCAUUGAUUACAUCUGCACCUGGAUUAUGGAAUUCCUAUUCAACUUAUAAUUUCUUUCAACCUGUUGAAAAAAUGUUAAAUUUAAGAUCACUUAAUAUUAAUGCUGUAAAUUCAGGUAAUACUACAUGUUCGAGAGUAUAUGAUGGAUCUUAUUGGACAAGUGGUCAAAUGAAUUUAAAUGAAGCUAAACAAUAUAUUGAUGAUAAAAUUGUUGGUGAUUUAACUAAAAUGAAUAAUGCAUGGGGUCAAAGUCAAAAUAAUCAAUUUUUAGCUUUUAGUGCUGUUACUUCAUGUGGAUGGGGUUUUGAUGGUCAGGCUGAAAUUUUAUCAACUCUUAUUAAUAAUUUAGAUUGUUUAUAUGAAAAUGGAUUUCGUGGAUUUAAUUUAAGAAAUUCAGGACCUGCAGCAGAAUAUUGUGCUACAGGUAUUAAUAAUGAACAAAUGUAUACCUAUUCAACAUCAGUUAAAAGUGUAGCAGUGUUAAAUGAAGGUUGGUUGAGAGUUAGAUCACUAUUUUCUGGAAAUGUUAAACCUAAUUGUACACUUCCAACAUUGGAUAAUGUUAAUAUUCAAAUAUUAAGUGGAAGUGAUUCAUGGUGGUUAAAAUUACAAGUUAAUCCAUCUAUAUAUGUAUAUGGUAAUGUUAAUAUUACAUGUAAUGGUGUUACAACAAGUCUUAGUCAAACAAGUUGGUCAACUAUACAAUAUACAAAUAGUUUAAAUGCUAAUUGUCCAAAUAAUUCAAUUGCUAUUGUUUCAUUACAACCUGUUCCAAAUAUUGGUACUAUUACUAUUAAACAAUUUACUAUUAAUUAUUUUGUUGGAAGUAUUGGUGUUCCAAUUAUUACAAUUAUUAAUAAUACUAAUACUAAUAAUUCAAAUAAUAGUUCAAAUAAUACUAUUAUAUCAAAUAAUUCAACUAUAACUAAUGGAACUGUAAUUAAUAAUUCAACUAUAACAAAUGGAACUGUAAUUAAUAAUUCAACAAUUAUUACAAAUGGUACUAUUAUUAAUAAUAAUAGUACUAAUAAUAGUAAUAAUACUAACAAUGGUAACAAUAAUAAUUCAAAUAAUAAUAAUAAUAGUAGUAAUACUACUAAUGCAACACCAUCUACUAUUAAUCGUUUGAAUAGUUACCAUCUUUCAAUGUCAAAUCAUUCUUUUACAAUGAAUAUUAUAUUACUUAUUAGUAUUACUAUGUUAAUUUCCUUAAUGUAG